AUGGAUGGGAUUACAAGGGCUGUCACCUUCUAUGACAUCAACUGUCAAUACAACAAGCACUUGUGUGUUUGGGUGGAUCGAGGCCAAUUUCUGACAAUGGUUCCGGAAUUGACCGUCAUUCCCGGAAUCGGGCUGUGGCACAUCCAUGGACAUCAGGAUAGCUGCUAUGUCAGAUAUGCGUCGAAUUUCAUUGAAGGCAUUGGUUGCAUUGAUGGAGAGAUCAUGGAGACCCUAUGGGCACAUCUCAAC